AUGAAAGCUUUGAUUUUAUUAGUUUUGGCUUUGAGUGCUUUUGCAUUCACUGAGUAAAUGAUGUCUUUGGAAGAAUUAGCAAAUUUUAAUGUGAAAACAAUGGAUUGCACAAGAUCAGAUCAAUUUUCAUUUAUAGAAAAAUAAAUGAAGUAAUGGGAAGAUUUAUUAAUCCAUCAAAAAGCCAUCUCUCAUGAUAUUAAGAUUCUUGAAUAAAUGGAAAAAAUGAUAACAACAAAACAUCAUUCUUUCUUAGAAGCAUAAGUAUCUGUUUCAGGAAAGAAAUUGCUAAAGAAAUUACAUAAAUUAGAAUUACCACUUACUAAAAGCUAAAUUGGUUUAAGUCAAGUCAAGGCAUUAAGAGAAUAAUGUCAUGCCUUAGAUUCUGAAAGUAAAAUAAAAAUUGAUAAUUUAUUUUAGAUCAUGAGGAUAGAGCAGCUGCUAAAAAAGAAUUAUGUAAAUUAUUGAGAGAAUACAUUAACAGUCUUAAUAAUUGUAGAUAAUAAUGCAGAAGCACUCCAAUUACAGUCAUCAAGAUCAAAGGAUAAAUUAAAGAUAUCGAAAUUAUUAGAGGAGGAUGUGCUAAUAAUGGAUCUUAAACUGGUGUUAAAGUAACAUCAUAAGAUGAUGAAACUCAUGAAAUAACCAUUCAUCAUCAUCAUAAAGGAAAAACAACCUCUGAAACAACUUAAGCUGCUGAUUCAAAUAAUUCAGAAUCAGAAGCAAAAGCAGAAUCACAUGAUGAAGCAUAAGAAAGUUAAGAAUCUACUUCAAAUGAAUAAACAUCAGCUAAUGAAACUGGAGAAGCUGGUGAAGAAGAAGUGACAGAAGAAAAUACUGAAACAGCUGAAGAAACUACAUAAGCAGAAGAGGAAGGAGCAGAAGAAACAACAGAAAAUGGAGAAGAAACUACAGAAACAACUCAAGAAGGAGAAGAAACAACUGAAACAACAGAAGAGACAACUGAAACAACAGAAGAAACCACAGAAACAACAGAAGAAACAACUGAAACUACAGAAACAACAGAAGAAACAACAGAAACAACAGAAGAAACUGUUCCAGAAUGAUU